AUGUAUUUAAAACUGGUGUUUGCUUUCGUUAUACACCGAUUCAUAUUUGGGAACGAGUCUGCUGCGCGAAUAUUAAUAGAGGGUAUUAAAAAAGGAGGAAUAAAAGAAAGGUUAAUUUUUGUAAAGACCUUUGCAAAGUCUUUUCAAGAUGGUGUCGAUGACCCAGAGACAGAUAAAUCUGCUGCAUCAUUAGAUGUUCAUGUGGGUGACAUGUGUGAUCCAAAGGACUUGCCAGGUUUAGCACAUUUUUGUGAACACAUGCUUUUCCUUGGGACCAGCAAGUAUCCAGAAGAAAAUGAAUAUACAAAAUUUGUUCAUGAGCAUGGAGGCUAUUAUAAUGCAUUCACUUCAUUUGAAAAUACUAACUUUCAUUUUGAUGUCAGUCCUUCUGACCUCGAAGGUGCACUUGACAGAUUUGCACAGUUCUUUAUCUCUCCAUUAUUUACGUCAUCAGCAACUGAGAGAGAAGUGAAUGCUGUUAAUUCUGAACACAGUAAAAAUAUUCAUGACGACAGUUGGAGACUUCAACAGUUGGAGAGAGCCAUGUCUGAUCCUAAUCAUGACUUUUGUAGGUUUGGUACUGGUAACAAAGAAACUCUGGAGAUGAAACCAAAAGAAAAAGGAAUUGAUGUACGUGAUCAACUUUUGAAAUUCCAUGAGAAGUUCUAUUCCAGCAACAUUAUGUGCCUCGCUGUCCUUGGCAAAGAAACCUUAGAUGAGUUAACCGCUAUGGUUGUUCCUUUAUUUGAGAAAGUCGUUAAUAAGAAUGUAGCCAUACCGGAAUGGCUGGAUCAUCCAUGUGGUUGUGAUCAAGUUAAGAGAAAGAUAUGUGCAGUGCCUGUUAAAGAUAUCCGAAAUUUGGUUAUUACUUGGCCUAUUCCUGAUCUACAGUCUUAUUAUACCUCAAACCCUGGCCAUUACCUCUCUCAUCUUAUUGGACAUGAAGGAUUGUACAGUUUACAUGCUGAAUUAAAGUCUCGGGGUUGGGUAAAUACAUUACUUGGCUGUCAGAAACAAGGGGCAAAGGGAUUUAUGUUCUUUACAGUGACUGUAGAUUUGACUGAAGAAGGAAUUGAACAUGUUGAUGACAUUGUUAAACUCACUUUCCAAUACCUUGAAAUGUUACGUCAACAAGAACCAAUGGAGUGGAUAUUUAAGGAAUGUCAGGAUCUUGGUGCCAUGACUUUUAGGUUCAAAGAUAAAGAAAAACCUCGUUUGUACGUCACCCGGUUAUCUGGUAGCCUUCAUGAUUAUCCAAUGCCUGAUGUCCUCUGUGGACAUGACGUGCUGCGUGAAUUCCGUCCAGAUCUAAUAAAAAUGAUUUUAGAUAAACUUACUCCUGAUUUUGUCAGGAUUGUUGUCAUAUCAAAACAUUUUGAAGGCAAGACAGACCAGAAGGAAUAUUAUUAUGGAACUGAUUAUAAGGUUGAAGAAAUUGAAACGCCAACAUUAGAGUGUUGGAAAAAUUGUGGUCUACAUGAAAACCUGAAACUUCCUAUUCCCAAUGAGUUCAUUCCAACCAACUUUGAGAUUUUUGAACGUGAGAAAGAUUCAGCAGCUCUACCAGAAAUAAUUAAGGACUCAACAAUGUCUCGGUUAUGGUUUAAGCAGGAUGAUAAAUAUUUUCUCCCAAAGGCAUUUUUGAACUUUGAAUUUAGAAGCCUGCUUUCAAAUGUCGACCCGGUGCAUACUAAUAUGACAAAAUUGUUUGUGUUUGCAUUCCGAGAUGCCCUUAAUGAAUACACUUAUGCUGCAGAGAUAGCUGGGCUUUAUUACACUCUUGAAAACACUUUGUAUGGAUUGUCGCUAUGUGUGAAAGGUUACAAUGAUAAACAAUUUGUGCUCUUGAAGAAAAUAAUGGAAAAACUUGUCAACUUUACUGUGGAUCCAAAACGUUUUGCAAUUCUUAAAGAAUUGUAUGCCCGUUCAUUGAGUAACUUCAAUGCUGAGCAACCACACCAACAUGCCAUCUAUUACAUGUUCAUGUUAAUGAAUGAACAAUUCUGGAGCAAAGACCAACUCUUAGAAGCUGUUGAAGAUAUCACCUGUGAACAGUUACAGGCUUUCAUUCCACUUUUGUUGUCCAAAAUGUACAUAGAAGGCUUGGUUUAUGGAAAUACAACAAAAGAGAAAGCUCUUGAACUUCUAACCAUGAUGGAAGAAACAUUCCUGGAGAAAGGAGUGAAGCCUCUUCCUAGGAGCCAACAAAAAUGGUACAGAGAACAUCAGUUGCUUGAUGGUGAUCAUUACGUGUAUAAGGUGACGCAAGAUGUGUGGAACAGUUCAUCAGUUGAAAUUUAUCUACAGACUGGAGUGCAAAGUACAGAGUCCAACAUGGUGUUGGAACUCUUUUGCCAAGUGAUCAAGGAAGUUUGCUUUACUGUAUUGCGAACCCAGGAACAAUUAGGCUAUCUAGUCCACAGUGGAGUCCGCAGGUCUCGUGGCGUCCAAGGCAUGAUUCUCCUUGUCCAAACUGACCACUCAGCUGACCAUGUUGAGGGCAGAAUGGAAGCUUUCAUACAUUCCAUUGGGGAAUACUUAAACAACCUAACUGAAGAUGAAGUCCGGAUGCAUAUUAAAGCCCUGGCAAGUAAACGAUUGGAGGUGCCAAAAAAACUGACUACACAGAACUCCAAAUAUUGGGUGGAAAUCACUUGUCAAAUGUACAAUUUUGAUCGUGAUAAUAUUGAAGUUGCUUACAUGAAGACACUGACAAAAUCAGACUUGAUAGAUUUCUACAAAGUGUCAAUUCUUACUUUUUUUUCUUUUUUUUUUCUUUUUUCUUUUUUCUUUUUCUUUUUUUUUUUUUUUUUUUUCUUUUUUUUUUUUUUUCUUUUUUCUUUCUUUUUUUUCUUUUUUUCUUUUUUCUUUCUUUCUUUCUUUCUUUCUUUCUUUCUUUUUCUUUUUUUCUUUCAAUUUCUUUUCUUUCUUUCUUUCUUUUCUUUCUUUCUUUCUUUCUUUCUUUCUUUCUUUCUUUCUUUUUUCUUUCUUUCUUUUCUUUCUUUCUUUUUCUUUCUUUUCUUUCUUUCUUUUUUCUUUCUGUCUUUCUUUCUUUCUUUCUUUCUUUUCUUUUCUUUCUUUCUUUCUUUUUUCUUUCUUUUCUUUCUUUCUUUUCUUUUUUCUUUCUUUCUUUUUUCUUUCUUUCUUUCUUUCUUUCUUUCUUUCUUUCUUUCUUUCUUUCUUUCUUUUCUUUCUUUCUUUUCUUUUUCUUUUUUUCUUUCUUUCUUUUUUUCUUUUUUUUCUUUUUUUUCAAAACAAACCUAG